GGAGAGGCUGAACUUUUUUUACUUUAAAAAAAUAACUUUUUCCCAAGACGGGGGAAGAGAAGUCGAUGCGUUUCAGAAACGCAUUUACGUCAAUAACAUAGGUAUUACUUGCUCGCAUAAAUGAUCUGAAGAAAAGACUAGAUGGACUGUGUGUACAGUUAAAAAAAAAAAAACUUUGAGCAAAACACCGCUCAACUACAAAGCCUGUGAAGGCUGGGGAAUCGCUUCAGUCGGGUUUGCGGGAUUGGAAAUCUUUUCUUCUCGUAUUAACCUCCUGCCCUCGAAGAAAAUGAGCAACAAUCCUCUACAACCCUUGCCGGGACAGCAAGUGAUCCACGUCGCGCAGGACCUGGACACGGAUCUCGAAGCGCUGUUCAACUCGGUCAUGAACCCGAAGCCCAGCUCCUGGCGGAAGAAGGUCCUGCCCGAGUCUUUCUUCAAGGAGCCGGACUCGGGGUCGCAUUCCCGGCAGUCCAGUACCGACUCCGGGAGCCAGGCGCCCCGGCUGACAGUACAGCACGCCCGGUCCUACUCCUCCCCGGCCUCGUUCCGCCUGGAGACCGGCGCCAGCGCGACCCCCAGCCCGGAGCACCACGCUCAUCUGCGGCAGCAGUCUUUCGAUGUCGCCGAUGAAUUACCACUGCCCCCGGGCUGGGAGAUGGCGUUCACCUCCAAUGGUCAGAGGUACUUUUUAAACCACGUCGAGAAGGUCACCACAUGGCAGGACCCCCGCAAGGCCAUGACGUCGGCCGUGACCCCGAUGAGCCUCCACGCCCCGGCCACACCGGCCCCGGUGCAGCAGAGACCCAUGGCCCUGUCUCAGCCCAACCUCGGACAAUUGCCUGAAGGCUGGGAACAAGCAGUGACCCCUCAGGGAGAAAUUUACUUCAUUGACCACAAAACCCAGAGCACGUCCUGGCUUGACCCGCGGGUGGACACACGCCUCAUGCUGAGCCACCACCCCCAGCACCCCCAGCGCCAGCCGCCGCCGCCCCCGCAGGUGCCCCCCAGCCCGGCCGUGUCCCAGCAGAGUGCCCCGCUGAUGACCCUGCCCCACCCCUUGACCACUCAGCAGCAGCACCAGCAGAAGAUGCGGCUCCAGAGGAUCCAGCUGGAGAGAGAGCGCAUCCGGAAGAGACAGGAGGAGCUCAUGAGACAGGAGGUGGCUCUUUGCAGGCAGCUCCCCAUGGAAUCGGAAGGCAUGCUCGCGGUCCCCCCGGCGGUCGGCUCGGCCGCCAUGACCCAGGACAUGAGGACAGUCCCGUCCCACGGCUCGGACCCCUUCCUCAACAGUGGGCCGUACCACUCCAGAGAGCAGAGCACGGACAGCGGCCUGGGCCUGGGCUGCUACAGCAUCCCCACCACCCCUGAAGACUUCCUCGGCAACGUGGACGAAAUGGACACAGGGGACAGCAUGGGCACGGGCACCAUGAGCGUCGGCCCGCAGACCCGCUUCCCGGACUUCCUGGACUCGCUGCCCGGCACCAACGUGGACCUGGGCACGCUGGAGGGCGCCGACCUCAUCCCCAUCCUCAAUGACGUGGAGUCGGUGCUCAACAAGAGCGAGCCCUUCCUCACGUGGCUCUAGGAGAGAGACCGGCCCGGGGUUCGAUCGAACCGGCCGCCCCCCCCCAGCAGCGCUUCUUCCCAGAGACGGAGGACCCUCUCGGCAUCCGGCCUGCGGUUCGAACCGGGCCCCAGUCUGCACCCCUCCUCCUUCUCAGCUAACCAGAGGCUGUGCGCGCCGGCUUUCAAGAUCCAACGGACGUCACGUCAUCACAGCUUCCUCACAGUUGGACAGAACAAAGCUUGACGUUUGAGAACAAUUCGGAAAAUUUGGCAUUGUUUGUUCGGCUCCAUUAUUCCCUGCCACACCCCCGUCUUGAUUUUGUCGGUUUUCAUUCACGCCCGAUUUUUCACGCAUUCCUGCGGGAGAGUCGCAUUUCCUUUCCCACAAGGCCCUAGCGGCUUGCUUACUUGUGUUGGCUGUGGAUGUUGUUUCCUCACUUGCGAGGUUUGUUAAGGCACACGACCCCCAGCGGGAGGGCAGAGGCUGCUUGUGGACAUCCAGUCCUCCAGGGGUCACUGUCGCGUAGCUCCCUUUGUGCUCCGGUGGGGAAUUCUGGGCCACAGCUGGUUUUGUCACUUUUUUCCUGGCUUUCACCAGAGUUACAAUCUGCUCACCCCUGGAGCAAUAAUACGUGUUUUAUUCUUGCCUCGGAAAUUAAACCAAAAAUAUUUCUUUCCAUAAUGUGCAUUGUGAUCAAAAGCUUUAAAGACAAAAGAUUUUUUUUAAACGUUAAAUGGUGUAUUUACAAUUUAAAGUUGUUUUUUUAAUGGUUUUGUUGGCAUUUAAACAAAUUGUAUUCUAGUCUUUAUUUGAAUUGAUGUGUUUUAUAUACGUGUACUUACCUGUGUAGCUUUUAGAACACUAAUUCUUAAAUGCCUCAAAAUUUGCAAAAUUGCAGAUGUUUUGUAUUAUGUAUCUUUUUUAUAACACAGUAUUCCUUUUAUAUACUGUAAAAUAGUCCAGAUUAGUUAUUUUAAAAGCGACAUCUGGUGCCAUUUUAGAGUUUUUUUAAUAUAGAGUUUGCAUUUUAAUAUUUAUCAAGAGCUAUGAUUUUUUAGAGAGAGAUUUUAGUUGUUUUUUAAAAGAAUUUGAUACAUCAAAGCACUACAUUUUACAUAAGCCGUUACGGAUUUAAAGAUUUCUCUAUAUGAAAUGAAUGUUGUGUUUCAGAUGAUGACUUGAUUACACGAGAAGCUUGCACUUUGUAAAUGCAAGUGUUGCUACAUGAAUAGUUUCAAAUGGCGUUAUAAGGAAUAACAACUUCAGAAAUAUUUUAUACUUACAAAGGGUCAAUAUUUAAAACCCAAAGUAUAACACUUCUGUUUGAUAUUUGUACUGCAGGGAAUAAACAAAGCAGAAUUUUGCAUCUCUUGUAAUAUUCAGCUAGAACAACAUUGUGGGUCGAUGAAUAGGUUUAAUUCUGCAAAACCUAUACAGUAGUUGGACUGUUUUUUUAAUGUGCAUGUUAAAGUACUCACUUGCUAUGCCUAGUGUAGGUGGUUUAUAAUCAUACUAUUUAUCUUGAUUAUACUGUGUUAUAUUAUAGACCUUUAGGACUGAGAAGGCAACAAAUCAGAUAAUAGUAAAGUCAUCUGAAAAACAGAAAAAAAGACAGCUUUUGAGUAUGUAUGUAUUUAACAGGGAUUGAUGGAACCUAUUAAGAGCAGUGUAGUUCGCUGGGAACCUGAGGCCUGAGUGGACUAGACUUCUGCCCAGUCUUUUGGCGUUGCAGAACUCACCACAGUCCACAGGAAGCUGGGACAUUUUUGAGGUCUGUGAUUGAAUCCCAGCGGAGCUACAGUACGUACUGAUACCUGAGGCAUUUAGAUACUGCUCAUGAUGUCGUAAAGCCAGAUUAAAUUCGACAGAUUGACUUGAUUUUUUGGGAGGGGGGUUCAUUGCAGUCAAGAGCCAGAAACUCUUUCCCGUCUGACGGGCGGUUUUGCUUUGUCGCAGGACGUGGAGUUUAGAUUAGCCUGCUGGCUGAGGGAGUGAGCGAGGGGGGUGAUCCGCACGUUCACAAGUGGCCACUUUGUUUCUACAGCGAGUGGUACCGUGUCCUUGGAGUGUUCUGGAAGGUCGGGGUUAGAAAAUGGCCGCUAGCUCAUCGGUGGAGAAAGAAUUAAAAAAAAACUAUUACCAAAAAGCAGUAAAAAGAAGCAAGUUCAUCUGUAAACGUUGGAAUGAGAACCUGGAGAAAAGUCAGAUUUAUAAUUUCUUAAACUCUUGAUUCCUGUAUGUGAGACAAACACUUGAUGAGAGAACACUAAAAAAAAUGAACAAAUAAUGCAGUACUGUAGAUAUUUUGUUUGAAUUCCAAGCUAUUUUCCAGCGUUUUUCUCUAAAUAAAAAACUUCUAUCUAUAUUAUGUUGAAAAUAUUUUUAAAAGACAUUUCCAGAGUUUCUUUCUACUAACUUAGGACUGCCGUGUGUGGGAUAUUUUAAACUAGAGGGGAAAGGGAGGUUUUGUGGCCUGCUACAGUGCUCAAGCAGGCCUGCUGGAACCAGAUGGAAAGUAGCUGUGUGCUCUUAACGGGAGUAGGUUUUAGGAAAUGUGAAUGUCGCUAGCAUGCUCACGAAUUAAUAAAAUCACAGGCUAACAAGUUCUGUGUUUAUCUAGCAGCAGUGUGGCGUCCACGUCUGAGAAUGUAAUCUCAACAAAGAGUUUCUGAAAUUGAGACACAAUGCCCUUGUACCUUCCUUUAAAAAAAUCAAUAAAUUUAAUGGUUUCAGGAUCCAGAGUUCUUAAAAA